AAUAUGCGGAAUUACCGGCCGGGUUGCUCCUAAAGCCAGCGCCGGGGAGCGAGCGCGGCGGCGGCCAGCACCGGGAACGCACCAAGGAAGAAGCCCAGCCCCCGCCCUCCGCCCCUUCCGUCCCCACCCCCUACUCGGCGGCCCAGGAGGUUCCCGGCGCUGCAAGCGCGCUCUCCCUGUUCCUCCUCCUCCUUGCUGGCGCCGCACUCACUGCUCGCGCCGAGCGCGCUCCGCCUGCUCCUUGCUCUCCGCGCCACCCUCCUCCGGGCCGCGUUCCCUGAGGGAUGGUACUGAAUUUCGCCGCCACAGGAGCCCGGCUGGAGCGCCCGCCCUGCGGCCUCGCCUCCCCGCCGAGCCGCCAGCGCCUCGGGACGCGAUGAGGACCUGGGCUUGCCUGCUGCUCCUCGGCUGCGGAUACCUCGCCCAUGCCCUGGCCGAGGAAGCUGAGAUCCCCCGCGAGCUGAUCGAGCGGCUGGCCCGUAGUGAGAUCCACAGCAUCCGCGACCUCCAGCGACUCCUGGAGAUAGACUCCGUAGGAGCCGAGGAUGCCUUGGGAACCAGCCUGAGAGCCCACCGGGCCCACGCCACCAAGCAUGCGCCCGAGAAGCGGCCUGUGCCCAUUCGGAGGAAAAGGAGCAUCGAGGAAGCCAUUCCUGCAGUCUGCAAGACCAGGACGGUCAUUUACGAGAUACCUCGGAGCCAGGUGGACCCCACGUCUGCCAACUUCCUGAUCUGGCCGCCGUGCGUGGAGGUGAAGCGCUGCACCGGCUGCUGCAACACGAGCAGUGUCAAGUGCCAGCCCUCGCGGGUCCACCACCGGAGCGUCAAGGUGGCCAAGGUGGAAUACGUCAGGAAGAAGCCGCGGUUGAAAGAGGUCCAGGUGAGGCUGGAGGAGCACUUGGAGUGUGCGUGCGCACCCUCCAGCCUGAGUCCAGACCACCGGGAAGAGGAGACCGGAAGGCGUAGGGAGUCAGGUAAAAAACGGAAAAGAAAAAGGUUAAAACCCACCUAGAGCGCCAGCCAGAUGUGAGGUGAGGAUCAGCAGCAGCCCUCUCCUGGGACACGGAUGUACAUGGCGUGUUACAUUCCUGAACCUACUAUGUACGGUGCUUUAUUGCCGGCGUGCGGUCUUUGUUCUCCUCCGUGAAAAACUGUGUCCAAGAGCACUCUGGAGAACAAAGAGACAGUGUACAUUUGUUCAGUGUGACAGCAAAGCAAGUAUUGUAGCACUCGGAGAAACUGUAAGCUUCCUUGUCAGAGAGAGAGAGAGAGAGAGACAGAGAGAGAGAGAGAAAAAACAAACCACAAAACACGACAAAAAACAAAAACAAAACAAAAACAAAAAACGGACUCCAAAACAUCUAAGCCUUCGGCGGAAGGGCCGCCCCGCGCGGGGUGAAGUGCAGUGGGCUCGCGGUGAAGCGCAGUGGGCUCGCGGGUGGAUCUGUGUGGGCCGCGGUGCUUUUGCUGAGUCGGAGCCUGGUGUGGAGAAGCCAGGCUUGGAUCACCACGUGGACACCCCUCGCUGCAGCACUCCAGUCUGUGGGACCCUCCUGGGAGCCUUAAUGGGUUUUUUUUUUACACCGUAAAGUUACGGAGCUUUCCUUUUUACUCUUUGCCUAGCUUUCCCACCCCUCCCCCCCAACCUUUUUUUAAUUAUCUCUUGGAUGACAUUUACGCCGAUAACACACGAGGCUGCUGUAACUGUCAGGACAGAGCGACGGUAUUUUUUCCUAGCAAGAUGCAAACUAAUGAGAUGUAUUAAAAUAAACGCGGUAUACCCACCUAUGCAUCAUUCCUA